AAUCACACACACUUGAAGGCUGAGCUCGGAGAGCCACUCGCCGGUCAUCCAUAUGUAACCCCCAAACACCACGCACAAACAGAGGAAACCAUUAGCCAUGGAUGCUUGGCUUCUCGUCAUCCUAUCACUCCCUCUCUGCCUAACUCUCCAUGUUCUUCUCCGAUCCCGUUCCCGGAACAAGAGGAGGCCAAGGCUUCCACCGGGGCCGCCCACCGUUCCCUUCUUGGCCAAAUUCAUAUGGCUGAGGAGAUCCAUCUUCGACAUCGAGCCCAUCCUCCGGCAGCUCCAUGCCAAGCUCGGCCCCAUCGUAACACUUCGCGUCACCUCCAACCCGGCCAUCUUCAUCGCCGACCGCAGUCUCGCGCACCAAGCCCUCGUCCAGAGCGGCGGCGCCUUCGCCGACCGGCCUCCAGCCGUGGAGCCCAAUCGCUUCCUCACGAGCAACCAGUAUGACAUCAGCUCCUCCCCGUACGGGCCUCGCUGGCGCCUCCUUCGCCGGAACCUCACCUCCGAGAUUCUCCAUCCUUCGCGCGUCAAGCUCUUCGCUCCCGCCCGCCGAUGGGUCCUUCAAAUUCUCGUCGACAAGCUGAGAGCCCAGGCACGGACCAAAGACGGAGCGGUGGUGGUUAUGGAGAGCUUCCAGUAUGCCAUGUUCUGCUUGCUGGUACUCAUGUGCUUCGGGGAGAAAUUAGAUGAGAAGGCCAUCAAGGAGAUCGAAGCCAUACAGAGAUAUUUGCUCUUGAAGUUCACCGAGUUCCCCAUCUUCGGUUUCUUUCCCAAAAUCACCAAGGUUUUAUUCCGGAGGAGGUGGAACGAAAUCGUAGCGGGCAGGAAAAAGAUGGAGGAUAUCUACAUCCCAUUGAUCAAAGCUCGACAAAACCGGAAGCAGCAGUCAGGUGAAGGCAGCUAUGUCUGUUCGUACGUCGAUUCCCUUCAUGGCAUCCAGCUUCCCGAGGAGGGAGGAAGGAAGCUGAGCGAAAGCGAGAUGGUGAGCCUCUGCUCGGAGUUCAUGAACGCAGGCACCGACACGACCGCUAACGCGUUGCAGUGGGUCAUGGCAAACUUGGUGAAGCACCAAGAUAUGCAGGGGAAGGUGGCGGAAGAGAUCGGAAGGGUGGUGGGGAGCGAAGCGGAGGAGAUUGAGGAGGAGCACUUGCAGAGGAUGCCAUAUUUGAAAGCUGUGAUCAUGGAGGGGCUGCGGCGACACCCGCCGGGCCACUUCGUUCUGCCGCACACGGUGGCGGAGGACACGACGUUGGAUGGGUAUUUGAUACCGAAGGGGGCGGACGUGAACUUUAUGGUGGCAGAAAUGGGGUGGGACGAGAAGGUGUGGGAGGAGCCAAUGGAGUUCAAGCCCGAGAGGUUCUCGGCCGGGGGGGCGGGUGAAGGGGUGGAUUUAACGGGGAGCAGGGAGAUCAAGAUGAUGCCAUUUGGGGCGGGGAGAAGGAUGUGCCCGGGACUUGGACUGGCCAUGCUCCAUCUCGAAUACUUCGUGGCCAAUCUAGUAUGGGAAUUUGAGUGGAAGCCUGCGGACGGUGAGAAGGUUGACCUCUCCGAAAAUCUGGAGUUCACUGUGGGGAUGAAACACCCUCUUCGUGCUCGAAUCUUUCCUAGAAACAAGUAACCAAUGUGCACUUCACGGCGUUACGUAUCUGCUUCCUUUUAUUUUACACCGUAACACAUGAGCCUUGGCUGCAUACUUGAUAAAUUAUGCCCACCUUGUAGAUCAAAUUAUCAUGCCUUUGUGUAUUAGUCCAAAUUGUUGUUCGAAGUUACUAGCCAACGCAAGCUCAUCA